GCGGCAUUAUAAUCUUCCUAUUUCCCCUUUCAUAAUCUGUGUUAUCCAUCCAAGUGUAGUGAACCAACCACUAGUUGCUUCCUCUCUCUCUCUCUCUCUCUCUCUCUCUCUCUCUUCAUUCAUAGAUACCCUCUGACCCAUGGCUACAGUCACCAACAAUUUCAUACUCAAACCCCCAAUCUCUCAUUCCACGCACCCUAAGCUCCUCCCUCUUCUCUCGUACCGUUCCUCGUUACCUUUUCUGCCCAAAAUCCAUUCUCCCUCAAUCGGAAUCGGAGCCAAUUCUCACAAUCCCAUUCGGCUCAUUCCCAAGGCCACAGCCGCUUCGGGCGCCAAGAAAACAGAAAAAGAGGAAAGAGUUCAGCGAGUCCACAGCAUCGAGGAGUUCGAUGAAGCGCUUCAAAUGGCGAAAAACAAACUGGUAGUGGUAGAAUACGCGGCCAGCGACAGCUUAGAGAGCAGCCAAAUAUACCCUUUCAUGGUGGAGCUGAGCCGAAGCUGCAGCGACGUGGAAUUUAUCCUCGUAAUGGGCGAUGAAUCAGAGAAGACAAAGGAACUUUGCAAGAGAGAGAAGGUGGAGAAAGUGCCUCACUUCAGCUUUUACAAGAGCAUGGAGAAGAUCCACGAAGAGGAAGGUAUCGGUCCAGAUCAGCUAGUUGGGGAUGUGCUAUACUACGGAGACAAUCAUUCGGCUGUGGUGCAGCUGCACAGCGGAGAGGACGUGAAGAAGCUUAUAGAGGAUCAUAAGGUUGACCACAAGCUCAUCGUGCUGGAUGUUGGCCUCAAACAUUGCGGGCCCUGCGUUAAGGUUUAUCCUACGGUUAUUAAGUUGUCGAGGCAAAUGUCGGACACGGUUGUGUUUGCAAGGAUGAACGGGGACGAGAAUGAGAGUUGCAUGCAGUUCUUGAGGGACCAAGAGGUGAUUCAGGUUCCCACCUUUCUCUUCAUCAGAGAUGGCGAGAUUCGUGGCAGGUACGUUGGUUCCGGUAAAGGAGAGCUCAUUGGGGAAAUUCUCAGGUACCAAGGGGUGCGUGUCACUUAAUUUUCAUAUUUCUUCUACCCACUUUAUAUCCUGCAUAUGUAAUUAUUUGUGUUAAGUUCAUUAUGUUCCCCCAAACAUAAUAUGCCUAAUUUGUGAAGAUUUUUGAUACAAAUAAGAAUUUGAGAAUUUUAC